AUGGAGGGUUGUUCAGAAGGAGAGGAGAACAAGGUGAAACGCAAAAUGAAAUCUGCUUCACAGUUGGAGAUUCUAGAAAAAGCAUAUGCUGCGGAGGCGUAUCCGUCUGAGGCGUUGAGGGCUGAGCUAUCUGUGAAGUUAGGUUUGUCUGAUCGUCAGUUGCAGAUGUGGUUCUGUCACCGGAGAGUGAAGGAUAGGAAGGCUUCGCCCAUUGUUAAUAAGGCUGCGGUGCCAAUUGGUUAUUUGGAUGCACAGCAGGUUGUGGCACAGUAUGGGGUGAUGGGAUUUACUAGGAUGGGAGCUGGAUUGCCUGCAAUGGAAGGCAGUGGUUACCGUGAAGCUCAUCAGACGUUACAGGAGCUGCGAGCGGUUGCAUUGGUGGAAAGACAGUUGGGGGAGACAUUAAGAGAGGAUGGACCUAUACUUGGGAUGGAAUUUGAUUCCUUGCCGCCGGGUGCAUUUAGUGCACCAUUAGGGGCAGUGGCAUUGGGGCAAAACAGCCAAUCUGAAUGGCCUGCUGAGGCAGAAGUUUAUGAACAUCUGGAUAAGGGCAUUUCAAGGACUCUCCAUGAAUAUCAAUUUAUUCCAGAGCAGCCAACUGUUAGAAAUGAGAUAUAUGAAAGAGAUACUACAUCUGUUCAUUUUAGUUCUCUUGAUGGUGUUCCACAUUCUAGUGAGCUGUCUUUCCUUAACGGGAAUGAAUAUGCACCUAAGGUGUACGGAGUCCAAGGAGGGAAUGAUGAUGUUCCACAAAAGAACCCAUUUGUUGAUGUAUCUCUUGACACUCAAAGGGUGGCUCACCAAGUAACUCUGAUUAACACCCCUCUAGUGCUAUCUGAUAGGACGAUUAUCCAUGAGGAGGAACUUUCAAGCUUUCAAAGGAAGCGAAAGAAUGAAGAGGCUAGAUUGCAACGGGAACUUGAAGUGCAAGAGAAAAGAAUUAGAAAGGAACUUGUAAAACAGGAUAUUCUAAGGCAAAAGAGAGAGGAGCAAAUAAAGAAAGAGAUGGAGAGGCAAGAACGUGAAAGGCAGAAGGAAAAGGAAAGGUACCUUAGAGAACAGAAGCGCGAGCAAGAGCGACAGGAAAAGUUUUUGCAGAAGGAAUCAAUCAGAGCUGAGAAACUGAGACAGAAGGAAGAACUACAGAGGGUGAAGGAUGAGGCAAGGAUUAAAGCUGGAAGGGAGAGAGCUAUUGCCCGCAGAAUGGUCAAAGAUGCAAUAGACCUUAUUGAAGAUGAACGUCUAGAACUCAUGAAAUUAGCUGCAUCAAAGAAGGGGCUAUCUUCAACACUGGCUCUUGACUACGAAACUAUUCAAAAUCUUGAAUCAUAUGGAGAUGGGCGUACUUCCUUCCCACCCAAGUCUGUACAGUUGAAAAGAGCUUUUUCAAUUCCACCUUGGUCUGAUUCUGACGAGAAUGUGGGAAAUCUUCUGAUGGUUUGGAAGUUCUUGAUUACCUUUGCUGAUGUUCUUGAAAUAUGGCCAUUUACAUUGGAUGAGCUUAUACAAGCUUUUCAUGAUUAUGACCCGAGGAUGUUAGGUGAGAUCCAUAUCGCUCUACUGAGAUCCAUUAUAAAAGAUAUUGAAGAUGUUGCAAGAACACCCACCACUGGAUUAGGAGCUAACCAAAGUAGUGUUACGAACUCUGGUGGGGGGCAUCCACAGGUAGUUGAAGGGGCAUAUGCAUGGGGUUUUGAUAUAAGAAAUUGGCAGCGGCAUUUAAAUCCAUUAACAUGGCCAGAGAUUUUGCGACAAUUUGCAUUGUCAGCUGGAUUUGGGCCUCAAUUAAAGAAACAGAAUAUUGAGCCAGUGCAUCCUAGCAACCAUGAGGGUAAUGAUGGUAAAGAUAUAAUUUCUAAUCUUCGAAAUGGAGCUGCUGUUGAAAAUGCUGUUGCUAUUAUGCAAGAGAAGUGUUUAUCUAAUCCAAGAAGAAAUAAACAUCGUUUGACGCCUGGAACUGUUAAAUAUGCUGCAUUUCAUGUCCUUUCUUUGGAAGGAAGCAGAGGCCUCAAUAUAUUGGAAGUUGCAGACAAGAUUCAGAAAUCUGGACUCCGUGAUCUUACAACUAGCAAGACACCAGAGGCUUCUAUAUCUUCUGCGUUGUCUAGGGAUACAGAACUAUUUGAAAAGACAGCUCCUUCAACAUAUUGUGUACGUCCUGCAUACAGAAAGGACCCAGCUGAUUCUGAAGUAAUUUAUUCAGCUGCCAGGGAAAGAAUCAGGAUAUUCAAAAGUGGAUUCGUGGUUGCAGAAGAAGUUGAUGGUGAAAGGGAUGAAGAUUGUGAAACUGAUGUGGCAAAAGAUCAUGAUAAUUAUAAAUUAAGAGUUCUAACAAAUAUGAAAAAGAAGGUCUCAAUUCAUGAGGAAUUUACUGCAAACACUAUUGUGAGAAGUGGGAAGGACAAUGGUGAGGUUUUGCAAACUCCUGAUAGUUGUCAUGAGAAAGUGCAUGAGGGGUUAGGAUCAACUGCUGAUGGAGGCUUCAACGAACAGAAAGAUGAACGUAGAUCUAGUGAAAUUAAUGGUGUUGCUGAUUCUAUUCUAAAAGGCAUAGAUGUUGAUGAAAGCACUCUUGGUGAACCAUGGGUACAAGGGCUUAUGGAGGGAGAGUAUUCAGAUCUCAGUGUAGAGGAGCGUCUUCACGCUCUUGUUGCUUUGAUUACUGUGGCAAUUGAAGGGAAUUCUAUUCGUGUUGUACUUGAGGAACGUCUAGAAGCUGCAAAUGCUUUAAAGAAGCAGAUAUGGGCUGAGGCACAACUUGAUAAACGACGUAUUAAGGAGGAUUAUUUUGUUAAAAUUUCAUCUUUCUCAAAUUUGGGAAACAAGAGAGAACCAGCUGUUACAUUUCCAUCAGUAGCGAGCAAAGAGUGCCCAGUGCAUACUGUUGAUGCCGAAAAUGAGAAGGCUUUACUCACUCCCUGUGACCAGCAUGAACAGAUAACUUCACUGCAGGAAAAUCAAAAUCUUCUGCAGAAUUCGUUAGAAGCGAACAUGCAGAGAUCAUUGCCUCUUGGUUUGGAUCGAAGACGAAACAGAUACUGGCAAUUCAUUACUUCUGCUUCUAUAAGCGAUCCAGGUUGUGGCAGGAUUUUUGUGGAAUUGUAUGAUGGCUGUUGGAAGCUGAUUGAUUCUGAAGAGGGUUUUGAUGCUCUAUUGGCAUCAUUGGAUGUGCGUGGAAUCAGGGAGUCCCACUUGCAUAUGAUGCUGCAAAGAAUUGAGACGUCCUUCAAAGAAUCUGUUAGAAGAAGUGUCCAAAAUGACUUGAAAAAGCAAAAUGGAGACACUGUCAAAAAACUCAAGACAGAAGCAGUUAAAAUGGUCACACACCACGAUUGCAGUAUUAAUAUUUACUGCCCUACUUCUGUCUGCAUGGAUGUUUUGAACACAUCAGUGGCCUCAACAUCUUUUACGGUUCAGCUUGGGAGAAAUGAAGUUGAAGACAAAGAUGCUUAUAUGAGAUAUUGGGAAUUUGAGAAAUGGAUGCGAAAGGAAUGUCUAAAUAGCUCAGUAUCAUGUGCAAUGAAGUUUGGGAAGAAAAGGUGCAAAGAACUACUUCUCAUGUGUGAUUUGUGCCAUCAUGUCUAUUUCUGUAGAGGAACACCAUGUUCUUCAUGCCAUAGAACUUUCAGUACUAGUCAGGGCAACUCUAGUUCUUAUGAACAUAUUGCUCGUUCCGACGACAAAAUAAAGAUCGACACUAAUCUUUUUCUUGAUUCAUCUUCUUCUCCAUUGAGGAUGAGAUUGCUCAAAAUCCUCUUGUCAGUUGUUGAGGCAACUCUUCCUCAAGAAGCUCUUAAACCUUUUUGGACAGAGAGGUACAGGAAGUCUUGGAGUUCAAAGCUGGAAGCUUCCUCAUCAACUGAAGACAUUAUGCAGACAUUGACUGCAUUGGAAUGUGCUAUAAAAAGGGAGUAUUUGGCUUCAGACUAUGAAACUACCAGUGAGCUGUUUGGUUCUGUUUGUUCUUCUGAAUGUCAUCCUAAUGAUAUCAUUGGUGGUGAAAGGAUACCUGUGCUUCCAUGGGUGCCAUCUACAACUGCCGCUGUGACUCUAAGGCUCAUGGAACUCGAUGCAUGCAUCUUUUACACUUCACAACAAAAGCUGGAGUCUGAGAAGGAUAAACAAAUUGGAAUUGUUAUGAAGCUUCCAUCAAAAUCUGCUGCUGCCAAAAUUUCCUACAAUGCUGGUGCCAUUGAAUCUUCAUUUCAGGCUAACCAUACUGUAGAGAACUGGGGUGCUCUUGGUGCUGGCCUUAAGAGCUACAGCAGAGAACAAAGGACUCAGCAAGUCCACAACCACUCUCAUGGUCAAAGAUCACAAGGAAGAGUUGCUAGCUCAAGACCCAUUUCCAGAAAGAGAAGCACUACAUCUAACAGCAGGAGAAUAGGAAAAUUACAUGGAUGGAAUGGGACACCAAAUGGACAAGGACGCGUUCGUGGUCGGAGGAGCAUUAGAAGCAGGCAGAAACCAGCAGCCAAGAUGAAUGUGAUUGAUGGUGAGAGAGAUACCCCAAAAGACAUCAUGGAGGAAACACGAAUCUUUGUCAGAGAGGAAAUUAAUGAAGGUGAAACAGAAGCCAAUGUUCUAAAUGCUAGCAAUUCGGAAAGAUCAGACUACGAAGGUGAUCUUUAUCGAGCAACAGGAGAUGAUGUGGAAGAUGUGGAUAUGGAUGAUGAUGUCGAUGAUGACAUCGAAGAUGGGCAGGCAGAUCUUAUAAUUGGAGGGAACUCAAAUACAGGGUACAGCAGAGAAGAAAAUGAAGAAAAAACCGAGGAUCCAGAUGGUGUUGGUUCUACAUCAUUAGAUUACAGUGAUUAA